AUGGAUACUAAUUAUUCUGAUUACAUCAAACCAACAAGUUAUGAUUACUACGGUACGGGAACACAAUCGGAGAAAUCUAAAUAUGUUUAUUAUAUAAACGUAUGUACCGGAGAUAAUGUAGCAAGCUUUGCAAAGAACAAGACCAUUUAUGAGCGCCUUGAAGGGUGUAACUCCGAGGAACAACAGGAGUUGCGUAAAAGAAAAUACUGUGGCAUGCGUUCCUUUGCUGAGAUCCGUAAACCAGAUCCCAGUGAGAGAUUCAGGUUCACACGAGAUGUUGAAGUUAUAGUAUCCAAUGAAACUGGAGAAGAGGAUAUGAAUAGUAAUGAUAAACCAAGUGAUAUCUUACUGAUGGCAUUGCUUACUCUCUCAGAUACCCUCGAAUCCAUCGAAACCAAUCCUCUUUUAGAAAGAUACGAGGGAAACAAAUGUUACUGGGUGCAUAUCAAGCAUCCAAUGUCAGCCAUAUAUUUUACCAGGGAGAUUAAUUACAUAGAUUUUUUUGGUUAUAACAGCAAGAAUAGUGGAGAAUUAAAAUAUACUGAUACUAUAGAAAACAUAUAUGCUCAACUCAAAAAACACGAUAGUGUGAUCAAAAGUGAUAUUGAUUUUUAUGAGCAAAAAAACGAUAUCGACGAAGCCAUAUUGGCAUUUUUCAAGGAACGUUAUGCAUUUGUACCCGAUCCAACAUGGCUCAGUAAUCAUAAAAAACCAAAAAAUAUACCAAAAAAUUAUUGGUCGAGACCAAUAUCAGCAUCCUU